AGCAACCCAAACGCUCUGCAGCCAUGUCAAGUUACCGGAACAUUGUAUGGUUUCUGAAAGCAAUGCGGCAAUACACAAGGACAGGAUAUGAAGCCGCGUCAAGAGAGUUUGUGGCCAGAGACCUCAGUGCCAAUCUGGAAGGACGGUCCUUUAUGAUCACCGGUGCCAACAGCGGGAUCGGGAAGGCAACCGCGAUGGCCAUUGCGAAGAGGGGUGGCACGGUGCACAUGGUGUGCAGGAACAGGGACAAGGCUGAGUGUGCGAGAGAAGACAUUGUGAAGGAGUCUGGCAACCCAAACAUACACGUCCACAUUCUGGACCUGACAGAAUCACGCAAGGUCUGGGAAUUCGCAGAGGAUUUCAAGGGCAAACAUUCAUCCCUCAAUGUUCUGAUCAACAAUGCAGGGAGCAUGGUGAAGAAGCGAGAAGUGAAUUCUGAAGGCAUGGAGAAGAACUUUGCAAUUAACACCCUCGGAGUGUACAUUCUCACCAAGGGUCUGAUACCUCUGCUGGAGAGCAGCAAAGAACCAAGAGUGAUCACAGUGUCCUCUGGUGGCAUGCUGGUUCAGAAGCUUCGUGUUGUCGACCUGCAGACAGAGAAGAGAUCUUUUGACAGCAACAUGCUCUAUGCACAAAAUAAGAGACAGCAGGUGGUGAUGACAGAAGAGUGGGCGCGUGCACAUCCCAGAAUCCACUUCUCUGUCAUGCACCCAGGAUGGGCGGACACCCCAGCGGUCGCCAUGGCGCUGCCCCAGCUGUAUGAGACGCUGCGGUCUCGGCUGCGAACUCCAGAACAAGGUGCUGACACCGUCAUCUGGCUGGCCGUCUCCCCCGUCGCCGCCCGCAUGCCCAGCGGCAGGUUCUUCCAGGACCGGAAAGUGGUGCCUGUGCACCUGCCCCUGGCCUGGACGCAUUACUCGCGGGAGAAGUCCCGGGCCCUGAUGUCCCGCCUGGAGGCACUGGUGAAACAACUCCAGCCCAGUGGAGGGCGCUCUCAACUCAACAGCCCCAUUGUCACCGUGGAACUCACCGGGAUCCCCCAGGGCGGCGGGAGGAGGCCUGUCUGAGUCUGUAUUAUAGAUACCAGAGUUGUAUAAAGUAGCAGUAGAAGUACUCUAACAGAUGUAAUAACAACACUAGUGGUGUGAUAUUUAGGGAUGCACCGAUACCGAUACUGCUCAUCAUACUCGUACUCGUACUCGUCAAGCUCUUGCCGAUACCAGCUAUGAGUACAACUAUUACUCAAUUAAACAAUGCAAAAUCUUGUCAUGUUCUGUGGACUUGAAAUCAGCAUGGAAAAAAGUGCCACCUCAUACAUAUACUAACAUUUAAAUCUACAUGGAAAUGGACAAUAAAAAUAUCACAGGUGGAAAAAAACAAGGCCAUGCAUUUAUUUUCAUUGUAUUUUUGUGGUAAAAGGUAUCGGUAUCGGUACUCGGUAUCGGCAAGUACACACAUGAAUGUACUCGUACUUGUAUUGGUUUUCAAAAAAGUGGUAUCGGUGCAUCCCUAGUGAUAUUACAAAGUACAAACCAUGUUUAAUUACCUCUAUAAGAGUAUGUCUACUUCUACUUCAUACAACUCUGACAGAUACAGUAUCCACCUUAUUACGCAUGUUUAAAAGGGAGGCACCAUUACUAAUUGGGUAGCAUUGGCUAGUGCUAAAUCAGUCAGAGGGGCCAAGGGCAGCGUAACAGGAAUGAGCAGACUGGAAAUGUUGUGGUAGCACGAAAAACAUUAGAAUGGGUGAGGUUAGUGGGCGUGAUAAUAAGGUGGAUUGGCAGCAUCAGUAUAUAUGCAAUAAUAUGCAAUGUACUAAUAAUGUAAUAAUAGCACUUUUAUUCACACACAGAUGAUGACUUAUGCCUCUGUAGCAAAGCUAUCGCUGCACAUAUGCUGGCCAAUUCAGAGAGACUAUAGGUUUUAUAUGUGUGCCUAUGGAUAACUGUCGUCAUUGAAGUUAACAAAGUUACAGUUCCAUUAUAAUAUGACAUAAGGAUGCCAAUGUUAGCAUAACCGGGGGCCUACAAAAACAUCCAGUAGUUACAAAAUGUUAACAUGUCUGCUAAUUUCUGACUUUUAAGUUAUACCACUACAGAGAGCAAGGACAACACUGUUUCGACACUAUUUGGACAUAUUUCCGGAAUUUUCCAGGCUACUUAUGUAUUUAUGUAUUUAUUUAUAUAUUUAUUUAUUCAUUUCAACACGUUUUAUAUUGAAGGCCAUAAGCUGACCCAUUGACCUGGACAUAGCUGCUUAUAGUACUGCAAUUAUAAUGACCUUCAUCACUGAUUGACUCAUUUCUUCCAAUAAAGACAACUGACCACUCCACCUCCUG